AUGCCAGAGGCCGCGUUUUCGUGGCCGAAUCCUGAAUUGGAGAAUUGGAGUACCGAGUAUCUCAACUUCAAACAGUCCGAGGCUCUUUUCAGACCUCAUUCUCCUGCAUACACCGCUCGAUAUCCUUCAUACAACUACCAGCAAUUUCCCUCCUCGCAAUUUCCCUCUACACCUGUUCCUUUUGGAACUGUGAUGUCCCCUACUCCUUCGUCGUACCUAGACCCUACCACCAUGAAACAAUCCAUCGACAACCCCAGUCCAAGAUCCGUUCCAACCCCGGCAAUCGGCACCGGACCCGCCCUCUCCCCAGCAAGCCUCUACGGCGCCAGAUGUCCCAGUCCUUGGGACGAGCCUCCAGUGUCAACACCCAUGACAGAGACACCUCCAUCUGACGAUACCAGCAAUGGAGUUAGCUAUACCAAAAUGCCCCAUCGUUCCUGUCGCCGCGCAGUCAGAAUAAAACUUCUAGGGACAAGGACCGCGACGAUUACGGAACCUUUAAAUGUGAAUGGAGGGAUUGUCGAUAUGGGCGUCUGUUCUCGCGCAAAGGAGUCCUCAUGCGACAUAUCGAGACUCAGCAUGUUAGUCCACGGGCUUACAAGUGUCCUCAUCCCCGGUGUGAUCAUGCUUCAAGUCGACGGGAGAAUUUGA